UAAAUUUAAAAAAUAAGCACCAAAAAAAAAAACACAAUUAAGGGAUUAUUAUUUUUUUUAUUUCCUGUGUCGCCACUUUAACUCCGCCUCCAUUUUUUCCACUUCCUGUAAACGAGGCAGCCCCAGGUGUGUUGUUGACAGCCUCGCUCUCGAGUUUUCUGUUCCAUCUCCUCUGUUUUGUUUUUAAAGAUGGCUCAGGCUGGAGUUGUGCUGGACAGGGACCAGUUCAACUGCUCCAUAUGUCUGGACGUGUUGAAGUACCCGGUGACCAUCCCGUGCGGACACAGCUACUGCUCGGAAUGUAUCCAGAACUACUGGGACCAGGACGACUUCUUCGGGGUCUUCGUUUGCCCGCAGUGUCGACAGAGCUUCAGCCCGAGGCCGUUGCUCGCCAGGAACACCAUGCUGGCCGACGUGGUGGAGAAGUUCAAGAAGACGGGACUCCAUGCGGACGAGCCCUCGGUGUCCGCGGAGGGGACUCAAAGUGCGCCCGACGCCAGCGACGUGGAGUGCGACGUCUGCUCGGGCAGGAAGAACAAAGCUGUCAAGUCCUGCUUGGUUUGUUUGGCCUCGUACUGCGACGUCCACGUUCAGCCUCACUACGAGUCUGCUGCUUUCAAGAAGCACAAACUGGUGUCGGCUAACAAGCGGCUCCAGGACACGAUCUGCCCCCGACACGACAAGCUGCUGGAGGUGUACUGUCGCUCCGACAGGUGCUGCAUCUGCUGCCUGUGUCUGACAGACGAACACAAAGGCCACGACACACUGCUAGUGAAGACAGAGAUCCAGAACACACAGAGGCAGCUCGAUGAAAUGAAACAGAACUCCCAAGAGAAGAUUCAGCAAAAAGAAAAAGAGGCGCAGGAGCUGAGACAGGCAAUUUUCUCUCUGACUCGUUCAGCUCGGGCAGCAGCUGAGGAGAGCGACGCCGUCUUCACCGAACUCAUCCGCUCGAUAGAGCUGAAGCGCUUUGAAGUGAGGGAGCUAAUCAAAGCGCAGGAAAAGGCAGCGGUCGGCGAGGCCGAGCAGCUGCUGGAGAUGAUCCAGAAGGAAAUCUCUGAGCUGCAGAAGAGCGAGACCGAACUCGACCAGCUGUCCCACAUCGAGGACCCCGUCCAUUUCCUCCAGAGCUGUGGGUCCCUUCAAGCACCACCUGCGCUGUCGGCUUCGCCCGCAGUCAUUGCAGACCCCGGCCUGUCCUUCUGCCCCGUGAUGACAGCGGUGUCAGACGUUAAGGGACUGCUGCAGGAAGUGUGUCAGGGAGGAUUUGUCAGCAUCUAUGAGAAAGUGAAAGAUGUAAAAAUUCUAAGUCCUCAAAAUCCUGAAGUUCAGUGUGACCUUACCUUCACUGGUGAGACCGGGUCAGCUGCACAGAUGGAAUCACCGAUAAUCAUUCCUCAUGUUGGUUUAGACCAGGCUCCUGUAAACCCUCUGAACCCAUUCCUCAGUGAAGGGGCAGCUGCGCCCAUGUUUGUCUUCUCGCCAUUUGGCUCCAAACUGUCCUCCGGAUCCAGACAGAGACACCUUCAGCGUCGCGCUCACCCCAGGAGGAAAUAAACCGACUGCAUGUCAAACGGAACGUUUCACAGGCUGAAAAUUAUCCUACAAAUCUGCACAGCCUGUCAUGACUGAAACAUUUUGACAUUUUUAUUUAUUUAUUAUUUUUGGGCAUUAAAAUGAGGUGGAAACAUGAA